CACCACCUACAUACCGUGCCUCCAUGAUACGACGAGAGCGCACAUUAUCAUGCACUAUGAAGCCCGCUGAGGCAUCUGUAGGCUCAUCUUGUCAAGGCAUGCCACGUUUUGGGUCAUGAUGGCCCUCCCUGGUUCUUCAAGUCCCAUACCUGAUCUUGUUUGGACCUUCGUCCGGAUAAGGGAGCUGUGUUUCUCCCAAAUCCAGUCAUCGCCGGCUCCCUGAGCAGACCAAAUAAGUAUCGUCCAUGCGUUUUGUCGCUUCGCUAGGCAGCUCUCCCAUGUCGCCCCAGAUGCCUCACAUCCCGAACCCCUCAAACAUUUACUCGAUGCCAGACUACAUGUGCUGGCUCUGCCAGAGAGAAGUCCAGAAAUCAAGCGAUGACAGCAGGCCCAGCCACAGGCUCUCGCUCUGCAGAGUCAUCGGAUUUUCCCAAGACACCAUUAGCAGCAACAACUGGGCAACCAUAUCCGGGAUCGGAUUUCGACUGCCCUCUGAGGGCAUUCCCGGUCACAAUAUCGAUCCUACCUUUGCUGUGCCGAGUAGAUCUGAUUUAUCGGUCGAGGAUGUUGGCAUCGCCAGAGAGGACAUCGACAUCAUGUCCAGCCCCGUAUAUAUCCACUCGCAACACAAAUGGAAUUUCCGUGUGCACGCAGACUGCUGGGAAAUAAUCGAGCCGAGAGUCGAGGAUGUGGUUGCCUGCGCAACGACCUGGUGCAAAGCGCUGGCAUCUCUGAACUGGAACUUUAACCCCUUUGUGGCUGGCCAGAGUCGAAGCCGAUACGAUCUCCCCCAACUCCUUCUUCCGUCGGCACAGGUGUACGAAAAGCACAACCCUAGACAAAGCCUGCAGAAGCUACAGACGAUCGAGAAACUUGCAGUCGAGCUCGGAUUCAGUCAGCCGCCCCUUUCCCGCAAGGCUAUGCCGCUGUCUCAGUUGGGCCUCAACCCGCAAAGCCACGAGUCUCUCGCAUUCGCUCGUGAAAGGGACGACAUAUUCUCAGAUCUCCCCGAGGAGAUAAUUCAGACUAUCAUCGGCUUCACAAGGACGAUAGACCUGGUCAACCUGCGUCUAGCUUCGCGAGCCGUGGCUUAUACAUCUAGACUGGUGGCUCUGCCCAACAGCUUCUGGCUCAGUCGGUUUAUGCCUCCAUUCGAACUUGGCUUUGCCCUUCCAGAGAAAGUCUUAGCGGAACAAGAUUGGCGAGCCUUAUAUUUCCAGAUCAGGAGGGCUCUAGAUCAUCCUAGCCCAGCGAACCGCGAAGUCGACGCCGAAAUGGCAUGCCUCGCUAAGCGGAGGCACUGGUGGAAUCGACUGACCGAGGUUAUUUCCUUUCACUCGCUCUGGGGCUCUGGUGUCGCUCUAGCCGGAGACUUCUUUACACGGCCUAUCCCAUUUGCCUCCGGUACACAACAAGACAUGGGGCGAGAAUCGAAUCCCCAGGCCUCGCACCCGAUCAGAAACGCCACUGCAACGAUGGUCCGAGAAGAUGGCACAGAGCGCGUCUGCUCGACUGUCUGUCUACAGUUACCACUAGCGUCGUCAACAAUGACCGGCGUUGGGGUGUCCGUUAUCAAUUUGGGAGGGCGGAGGUGUGUUUCUGGGCUUCGUAUCUUUUACGGCAGCUCUACGACACCCGAGAGCCUCGGCUACGUUCUGAAUGAUCUCGAGGCGGUUGUUGCGCUAGAGCCUGGCGAGUCGUUCAUUGGCUUCAACGUCCGUCUGAGCGCGGAUUGCAUCCUCGCUCUGAGGGUAGUGUUUCGGAGCCCAUCGGGGGCUCUUCGCAUGUCAGGCUGGCUCGGAGACACUACCGACGACCUUGGCCAGUCGACACGGCCACCCCCUCCUGUGGAGACGCUGGCGUUGCGGAGGAGGUGUUUAGGCAACUCACCGUGCAUCCUCGCAGCAAGUUUUGAUUCUUUUAGGAUGCUUGCCGUCGGGGUAUUCGAGGUCCAGUCCGAGGCGGACGAAAACCAUAGUACCAUGACGGAGGCUAGGGCCGAAAGGGUUUUGCCUACUCUUUCCUAAAGCCCUCAAAUCCCCAAUGUGAAUAAAAGAGAUUCCAUUGGUGGGCUCACGUUGACAACUAAAGAAGUUCAAAGCUUUGUAGGAUUUCCGGACUGAGGAAUGUUGGUCGAGAACAAAGAAGCGGCGCCCGAGAGCGGGCAUUCCAAA